CUGUUAGCCUAGCUUAGCACAAAGAGUGGAAGCAGAGGAACUGUUAGCCUAGCUUAACACAAAGACUAGAAGCAGAGGAACUUUUAGCCUAGCUUAGCACAAAGACUGGAAGCAGGGGAACUUUUAGCCUAGCUUAGCACAAAGACUGGAAGCAGGGGGAACUGUUAGCCUAGCUUAGCACAAAGACUGGAAGCAGCCUUGUUUCUUUCCUUCCUUGCCUCAUUUCCUUCCUUUUUCCUUCCCUACCUCCUUGUAUCCUUCCUCAUACCUGUCCGUCAGACUAGUAAACAUCAGUGUUGCUGCUUCUCUGAACAUGAACAUAUUCUGCAGACUUCCUGUUUGUCUGUGUCGUGUGUUGGUGUCAUUGUCAAUAAAGCUUCAGUGGAUUGAAUGGAAGCGGUUAAUCUGUCAGAUUAAGGCUAUGUUCAGUCUGUUAGCAGUUAGUAGAUUAGCUCUAUGCUGUUAAUCCCUCUGUUCAGCAGCUUCUGCUCCAUCAGUCAACAUGUUGGACCGGAGGAACACGGUCCUGCGCUCGGUGCUGCUGGUUCUGUUGGUGGCGUCAGCGUCGGCCUUUGUGGAGGAGCUGGACGACACCUUCAUGGAGACGAGGGCAGACGACGACACCUGGCUCAUCAAGUUCUACGCCCCCUGGUGUGUGUUCUGUAAACAGCUGGAUCCAGUUUGGCAUCGGAUCGGGUCAGAACUGAAGAGUCUCGGCUCUCCGGUCAACGUGGGCAGAUCAGACGCCACCACCAGCAAAGGUUUGGCCAAAGAGUUCAGGGUCCGGGAUUAUCCAGCCAUCUUCAUAUGGAAGAAAAAAUUUAAAUAUAAUUAUUUAGGACAAAGAACCAAAGAUGGAAUCAUGGACUUUGCUAACCGAGUUGGAGGGCCGUUUGUUCGAUCUCUGAGCAGCCAGCAGCUCUUCCAGCACGCCAUGAGUCGCCAUGAUGUCAUGUUCGUUUAUGUUGGAGCCACAUCACAGCUGAAGGGUAAUUACACGUCAGUAGCCGAAGAGCUGAUUGUUCACACCUACUUCUUCUCUACUACCAGAAACAUCCUGCCAAAGGACGUCAUCCUCCCCUCUCUGCCAGCUGUGGUGGUUUUUAAAGAUGGAACCUAUUUGACAUUUGACGAGGAACGUGACGGUGAUCUCAAGUCAUGGAUCAACAGAGAACGUUUCCCAAACUUCUUUAAGAUCGACAGCUACACUAUGUACUCCAUGGGAGAGUCAGAUAAACUGGUGUUGUUGGCGCUGGUGGAGGAGAAGAGUAUGUGUGAGGAAAGUCUGUGGUAUAAAGGUCUUGUGGAGAAAGUGGCUGCAGACUACAAAGAGAUCUACGGCAGGAACUUCUACUUCGGUUACAUGGAGGGGACUGACUACAUUAAUGGAUUUGUGAUGGGGGAGGUGACUGUGCCGUCCUUCAUUGUGGUUAACCUGUCCAAUGAUGGCUACUUCCUGCCACCUAGCGCUGUGCAGUCAGAACAUCACCUACUGGACUUCCUGAAAGGGGUUUUGGAUGGCAGUAUCCAGAGACAGGGAGGAAACGACAUCGCCCAGCGCAUCAGACGUUUAAUUUACGACGCCAAAGUCACGCUGACGCCACUGUUCAGCGAGGCUCCGCUGUUCGCCUGCCUCCUGGUCAGCAUCCCGCUCAUCUUCAUCUCCACCUUCGUCUACCUCUGCUGUUUUGCCCGACCCACACUGAUUGAUGAUGAUGGUGAGGCCAUUCCACUGUUGGCACCAUCAAUGCAGAGCCGCAAGAAACGCACCGACAAAAAGUCAGACUGAUGAGGAUCAGGAGGAAGACCAGAUCCAGAAAACCUCAGUGUCCAUCACAACAGCAUCAUCUCUGACCUUUUUCUGUGAAAUAAAAUAAAAACAGUACACACAGUU